AUGAAUACUGCACCGACACUCAAGGAGCUCAACUCCAUCAAGCACAAGUCAACAGGCCGGACGUGCCCAGCCGCUGCUGUUCCCGCGCCCCGCACACGGCGGGCGUCGAUACCGGCUCCACACGGCGCCAGAGCUGCCGACCAUCACAGAGACCCCCUCCUCCCCAGCGGGGACACGGCCCACACCCCCGCCCUGACCUACCUCAGCGGGACCGUUCCAGCCCGAGGCCGGUCCCCGCGUUACCGGCCGCCGCUGCCGCUCGGCCCGCACCGGCCGGGGCUCCCGCCGCACCCUGUUCACCGGGCGAUCACCGAGCGGCGCCUCGGCUCAGACGCGCCGCCGCGAACAACCAGCAACGUUAGGGACGGACACAGCAGCCGGCCGCACUCCCCGCCUCCAUCUCCCGCUCGGAGGCGUCUACUGCCGGGGUCACACAAGCAGUUCCGGCCGCCCGGCCUGUGCACCCCGCCGCUGCCCCAGGCCCGGCCCCGGCCCCCGGCCCCGACUCCAGGCCCAGUCCCCGGCUCCAGGCCCGGCCCCCGGCUCCAUUGCUGCUGCCCCAGGCCCAGCCCCCGGCCCCGAGCCCCGGCCCCACGCCCGGCCCCCAGCCCCCGGCUCCAUUGCCUCCUCCCCCAGCCCCUGGUCUCAUUGCUUCCACCAGCUGUGUCGGACACAGCAAGGCUUCCAAUACCUGCAGUUAUUUGA